CUGGCUGCCAGGCUGGCGGGGAGGGUGUCUGACGUCAGCACGGUGCAUGGCGGGGUGAGGUUCACCACAGACGCUGCUGCUGAGGAGCUGCAGCAGUUGAGGGCGGCGGACAACCUGUACGCGUUUGUAGCCUCAAGGGAGGACGUGCCACAUGGCAAGGAGGCCAUUGACUACCUGACAGCACUGCCAGCUCAGAUAGACUGGCAGCCAGCCCUCUCGCUCUUCCACCAAUGGCAGCAGCGCAGGGAGGAUGGGAUGACGUCAGCAGCAGGCGAGAACAGACAGGAGCUGACGUCAUCAGUGGAGGGGCCUGAAAAAUCACCUGAGAGGAAGAGGCUGAGGCAGGAGGGAGAGGAUGCGGGGGUGGUAACACCUGGGGCAACAGACACUGCUGUUGUGACACCACCUGAAGGAGCACCUGGGGGAACACCUGAAGCAGCACCUGGGGGAACACCUGAAGCAGCACCUGGGGGAACACCUGAAGGAGCGCCUGAGGGAAUGCGUGAGGGAGGCAAGGCAGCGGUGGCGGCAGCAGAGGCAGCAGCUGGAGGAGCAGCAGAGAGGCAGGGUUCCAGUGGGCUGCAGUUUAGAGUGACGUGUCACCGAGUGUGUAUGAAGCAGACAAAACACGGGUUCUCCUCCCCUGAAGCUGCUGGCGCCUUGGGCGAGGGCCUUUUGGGAAUCUUCCCGUCCUGGACUGUCAGCCUUCGCCAGUUUGAGUUGGACGUGCUAGCAUGGAUCCGGGACUCCAGUCUCACACUGCUCGUCUCACUCAUCUACGCGGACUCCCCGAAGGCAAACGAAGAGAGGUCAACAGAGCAACAGAAGGAGCAAUCCAAGGAGCAACAGGCGGAGCAACCCAAGGAGCAACGGAAAGAGCAACCCAAGGAGCAACAGACGGAGCGAUUGAGGGAGCAUGAGGCGGGGCAGGCCAAUGGAGGCAGCAAGCAUGUGGGCAAGGGCGACAGCAGCAGGGAGGGCAAGAAGAACACGGGGAGGGCAGUUCAAGCGAGGUCACACAACGCAGAGAGACAGCUCUACUCCUCUCGCACCUACCGCAAGGCCCUCGUCCCCACGUCCCUCAAGCCCAGCACGGCAUUCGCCCUCCUGCAACUGGCGGACAUCCACCCCGGCCACAUCGUACUCGAUCCCAUGUGUGGCUGUGGAACUCUCCCUCUGGAGGCGGCUGAUUGGUUGAAAAGCCGAGUCAGUGCAUUUGGGGGGGAUAAAGACACUGGGGCUGUUGAUGCUGCUGCAACCAAUAACAUCGCCUUGAGAACCGCUGCUGCCAAUAGCAUCGCAUUGAGAACCGCUGCAGCCAAUAGCAGCACCUUGGGAAUGGCUGCUGCGAAUGGGGAUGUAGCAAGGAAGAGCCAAGGGGGCCACGUGGCAGGCUGUGAUUGGCUGGUCUGGGAUGCCACUGCCCUGCCGCUGCGAACCGGCUGUGUGGAUCGGGUGCUCUGUGACAUGCCCUUCGGGGUGCGGUGUGGUGAGUGGUGGAAAGCGGUGACAAGUGGGCACAAAGAGGUGACAAGUGGUGAAAAAAGGUGUUAA